AUGGUAAAUUAUUUUAUUGGUCUAUACUGGCUUGUGACUACAGGCAGUCCCCAAGCCAAAUCACCGGCAGGCAGCAGCCAGGGAGCACUUCCCCCAGAAGCACGUACCCCCACCGCAUCGUCGAAAGGGGCGCUUCAGAAUGUCAAGGGGGACCACCCAUCGGUAAGCCAGGAUAUGGCAUUCCUUCAAAACCGCUCAAUAUCAUUGGUGGACAUGUACAUUGACAACUCUGAACCCUCAGAAAAUGUUGGCCAGAUACAUUUCUCCUUGGAAUAUGACUUUCAAAAUACAACGCUCAUCCUUAGAAUAAUACAGGGUAAAGAUCUGCCAGCAAAGGAUCUGUCAGGCACUAGCGACCCCUACGUUCGGGUGACGUUGUUGCCUGACAAGAAACAUCGACUAGAGACAAAAAUUAAGCGACGAACGUUGAAUCCCCGGUGGAACGAAACGUUUUAUUUCGAAGGAUUUCCAAUUCAAAAAUUGCAGUCUAGGGUAUUGCAUUUGCACGUUUUUGACUAUGACAGAUUCUCCAGAGAUGACUCGAUCGGAGAGGUCUUUCUACCACUAUGUCAGGUUGAUUUGAGCGAAAAGCCAUCGUUUUGGAAGGCACUGAAACCUCCAGCGAAGGAUAAGUGCGGUGAGCUGUUAACUUCUCUCUGUUACCAUCCUAGUAACAGUAUCUUGACGUUAACUUUGCUCAAAGCACGUAACCUCAAAGCCAAAGAUAUCAACGGGAAAUCAGAUCCGUACGUGAAAGUGUGGCUUCAAUUUGGCGAUAAGCGUAUUGAAAAACGAAAAACAGCGAUAUUUAAGUGUACUCUUAAUCCUGUUUUUAACGAUACGUUUUCAUUCAAUGUACCGUGGGAGAAGAUUAGAGAAUGUUCAUUGGACGUAAUGGUUAUGGACUUCGAUAACAUUGGCAGAAAUGAGCUGAUAGGAAGAAUUUUGUUAGCUGGUAAAAACGGAUCCGGAGCAUCAGAGACUAAACACUGGCAAGACAUGAUAACUAAACCCAGGCAGACUAUAGUACAAUGGCAUAGACUUAAACCAGAAUAAGGAACAUAGAUUAACGAAUAUAAAAACUUUCGAAAG